AUGGUGCGAAUGAAAUCUUUGGCACGUUUACAUGUGUGGUGGUCAACAUUGGAUCAAGACAUUGAACAGACUGUCAGAGAUUGCACCAGUUGUCAAGCUAACCGUUGUAAGUCCCCCUUGAAGGUGAGUAAUCCUUGGAUUUGGCCUGUGCGUCCAUGGCAAAGAAUUCAUAUAGACUUUGCGGGUCCAAUGGAUGGUGUGAUGUAUUUGGUGGUGGUAGAUGCCAAGUCUAAAUGCAUUGAAGUCCUAUCAAUGUCAUCAACUACCGCUGCUGCCACAGUUCGAGCGUUACGUUUCCUGUUUUCAGUUCAUGGUCUACCCGAAGAGAUCGUGUCAGAUAAUGGUCCUCAAUUUGUGGCGGAGGAAAUGAAAGAGUUCUUAAAGUUGAAUGGAAUUCGACAACGUUUAUCAUCGCCGUAUCAUCCAGCUUCAAAUGGUGAGGUAGAAAGAGCAGUCAGAACGUUUAAAGAUGCCAUGAAGAUUCGUAAGAAGGAAGAGGGAUCUGCUGGGGAGAAAUUGGCACGUUUUCUUUUGGGAUAUCGCACGACUCCACACACUGCUACGGGUUGCACGCCAGCUGAAAUCCUGAUGGGUCGAAGACUCCGAACCAGAUUGGACAUUUUGCAUCCUAGUUUGUCUGCUAAGAUGGAGCGAAAAUCCAAACAUUUACCACAAACUCCACCGCGUAACUUGGAAAUUGGAGAUCCAGUAAUGGUGAAAGACUAUCGACCACGAAAGGAUCCAUGGAUAAAGGGAGUGGUUCAAAUGAAGUUAAGUCCAAUUACUUAUAGAGUUCAGGUUGGUGAUCUGUUUUGGAAACGACAUGUGGAUCAAUUACGAAGUCUCGCCGGAUCAACUGCAGCUGAUGUUAUGUCACCUUCAACGCAGGGAGUCAGUGUGGCAAGUAAUGGCAACCCAGGACAAUCCAUUGAGGCGAGUCCCACUCCCACCUUAUCCCAGUGUGAGCCAAGUCCCACUACCACCUUAAUCCCGAAAACAGACUCACUAUCUCCAGUUCCACUACCAACAUCAACGAAUACAGAAGAACCUAUUACUGGUAUUUUAAACGGUGGGGAAAAACUUUCAAGUACUCGCAGGUAUCCAAUUCGUAUUCGCACGAAACCAAAACGUUUAAUAGAAGAAGUAUAA